AGAACGAAGGGGAAAGGCGGGGGGACCGAGGAGGUGGCUCUCCUCCUCCCCCGAACCCCCAUAGCAAAAUGCAGGCCCUGUCAUUUCUUCCAACCAGGCCCCUAGGAUUUGCUUGACCUCAUUUUUCUUAUGAGUUGGAUGGCAUUUGGCAGAUGUAGGAAACUGAAGCCCAGAGAGGGAAAGGGACUCGCUCAAGGUCACUCAGCGAUCCAGGACUAAAGUUUCUUAAAGGAACAAGCCCUAGGAACUGGGAGCAUCCUUUCUAGCCGAGUGGGAGAAAAGAAAACUGGAGGUUUGGGGGGCAGGGCAGAGGUAAAGGCCCCCUAAUUUCUUGAUUUCAUCCGACCUCCCCAGAAGUGCCCUCCAUGGAGCCAGAAGGGGCCGUGGCCAACCUAGCUUCCCAGGGCCCUGGCCAACUCCAGGAGCCCCCCAUCCUCCCUGCCUUUGGCUCGCAGCCCGAAGACCCUGGCCAGGACAGCUCCGAUGGUUCGGAUACAGUAUUAUUGCCCCUGUAUCCUUCUACUCCAGACUCCGGGAGUCCCGACCUAGAUGGGGUCCUCACUGCACCUCAUACAGGCAGUUCCUUGAAGCACUCUACCACCCUGACCAACCGGCAGAGAGGGAAUGAGAUUUCAGCACUGCCUGCCACACUGGACUCCCUGUCCAUCCACCAGCUCGCUGCUCAGGGAGAACUGACCCAGCUGAAAGAAUACCUUCUAAAAGGUGACAACUUGGUGAACAAACCUGAUGAUCGAGGCUUCACCCCGCUGAUCUGGGCAUCUGCUUUUGGAGAGAUCGAGACUGUUCGUUUCUUGCUGGAGUGGGGUGCUAAUCCUCACGUCCUGGCCAAGGAACGAGAGAGUGCCCUCUCACUGGCCAGCACUGGUGGCUAUACGGACAUCGUGGUCAUGCUUCUGGAGCGGAAUGUGGACAUCAAUAGCUAUGAUUGGAAUGGUGGGACACCGCUGCUCUACGCUGUGAGGGGGAACCAUGUGAAGUGUGUGGAAGCUCUGCUGGCCAGAGGAGCUGACCUAACAACAGAAGCAGAUUCAGGCUACACCCCAAUGGACCUGGCUGUGGCUUUGGGACACAAGAAGGAGGGUCCUUUCCCAGAGGCCUGUGGGACCAACGACUUCUAACCCCAGGAUUGGCAAGAAUCACCCCAAUUCCAGUGGCGCCCCGUUACCUCCAGGACCACAAUCUUCCGUUUGGUUUUUAAAGCUAUUCACCACCUGGUCCCGCCCCGUCUACCUUCCUACCUCCAGACGCCGCUUCCAGCUCAGUGCCCUGGGCUCCCGGCUGUUCCUCCCACGCGAUACUCCAUCCCAGGCUCCCGACGCUCUCUCCCCAAGCCUGGAAUGCUCUCCUGCUGGUGUCUUCAAGUCAGCUAAAAAUCGCACUCUUAAAAAAAAAAAAAAAAAAAAAAACACCAUAAAACAAAAAACGCCUUUCUGUUAUUCUAGCGCCUUCGCUCCGAAAUCGUCCUCGGUUUAUCCCGUACCAUAGUUUGCAUGUUGUCUCCCCCGUGAGACCGAGACUGGCUUUUGCCAUUUGCUUUGCAUCCCCAGCGCUUAGCAGAGUGCCUGGCAAGUAGAAAGUCUUAAUGUGUGCGAGGUGACUGACCCAUUCCUGCUGGGCUCAGUAAUGGCCCCCACCCACCCUGGAGAAAUGCUUUUGAAAAUCUUGUGUUACUAAGGAUCUUCCAGGG